AUGAAAGACGAGCCGAUUAUGGGUUGUGCUGAAGAAAAUCCGGAAGAAAAACCGAAAUGCAAUCCAUUUGGAACUCGAUUUCUGACUGAUGAUGCUAAAGUUUUCGAGCAUAAUGCAUGGGAUGACGUGGAAUGGUCAGAAGAGCAACAAGAAGAAGCUAAACGAAUCGUUGAAAAUCAGAAAACAAUGAAAGUUGAUGAGGAGAAAGCUUUAAAACUUCUGAGUACACCUGCGGAUCAAUGGGAUGCUUUUUAUGCCCACAAUGAGAACAGAUUCUUCAAAGAUAGAAAUUGGUUGCUGAAAGAGUUUCCAGAGCUUGAUGUGAAUGAAGAAUGUAAUUUGCAGAAAGAAACAGUGAGAAUCCUGGAAGUUGGUUGUGGAGUGGGAAAUACGACGUUCCCGUUGAUGCAAGUCAACAAUUCAAGUUCACGACUUUUCCUUCAUAGCUGCGAUUAUGCUCCUAAUGCGAUUCGAGUACUGAAGUCCCAAGAAGCAUACGAUACGACGAAAAUGAAUGCAUUCGUUUGGGAUAUCACUCAACCGGCACCAGAAGAGGCUCCAGCAGCAGAAUCUCUUGAUUACAUUGUCUGCAUUUAUGUACUGUCUGCAAUUCAUCCCGAUAAUAUUCGAAAAGCUUUGAGUAAUCUAAUGUCACUUCUGAAACCUGGAGGAACACUUUUGCUCAAGGACUAUGGACGAUAUGAUUUGACGCAAUUGAGAUUUAAGAAAAAUCGAUUAAUCGAUGGGAACUUGUAUUGUCGGGGAGAUGGUACACUCGUUUACUUCUUCGAAAUGGAUGAGUUGGAAAGUCUUCUCAAUGAACAUGGAAUGGAGAAGAAAGUGAUGCAUGUCGACAGACGACUCAUUGUGAAUCGUGCGAAGCAAAACAAAAAAGCUCUACUCCGAUUGUCAUGUGAAUCACUAAAAUUUCGACCAGUUUUCGAUGAAAUUCUUCAGGACAAAGAGCUUAAAAAGAUGAAAAAUGAUCCGAAUAUCGGAGGAUCCGUAGAUUUAUUGUAUGUACUCAUGUACGAAACGCUGGUUGGAUCUGGAUUGAAUCGAUGCUCGCAGGAGUUGAAAUCAGUUAUUUCGAGAAGAUCUCAAAAGAUAAAAGAUGUGGAGAAAGAAUUGGAAGCUGAUGGAAGAGGUAUUAAAUCGAUCAAAGAGGCUGAAGAAGGAGCAAAGAAGAUUAUCAUUCCUCGUUACGCUCGAAUCAACACUCUGAAAUGGACAGCUGAAGAAGCGAUGAAGACAUUGGAGACAGAAGAAUGGAAACUUCAAGGAACAGCGAGUGUUGAGAAUUUCGCAGAAGUUGUUGGCAACAUGAAGGAAGAUGAAAUUUAUGUCGACCCACAUGUCGAAAAUCUGCUCAUUUUUGCGCCGAAUAUUCAGAAUUUCCACGAAUACUGGAUGGUUGAACAGCGAUAUCUUAUUCUGCAGGAUAAGGCCUCAUGUCUCCCUGCGUUCCUUCUCAACCCACGUCCCGGAUCUCAAGUUUUUGACACAUGUGCGGCUCCCGGAAUGAAGACAAGUCAUGCUGCCGCUAUUAUGGAUAAUCAGGGAAAAGUGUGGGCAAUGGACCGUGCCGCCGAUCGUGUCGCCGUGAUGAAGCAACUGCUCGAUGGAUCAAAAGUAGCAAUUGCCAGCGCUUUCUGUGGAGAUUUUCUGAAAACUGACAUCACCGAUAAAAAGUUUUCCAAGGUUAAAUUCGCCAUCAUUGAUCCACCAUGUUCGGGUUCUGGAAUUGUGAAGAGGAUGGAUGAGAUUACGGGAGGAAAUGCGGAGAAAGAGAGAUUGGAGAAACUAAAAAACUUGCAGGCGAUGAUUCUCAAACACGCCCUCAAACUUCCUGGACUGAAACGUGCGGUCUAUUCGACUUGUUCAAUUCACGAAGAAGAAAACGAGCAAGUUAUUGAUGAAGUUCUUCUAGACACCUAUGUUCGACAGAACUUCGUACUCAAGAAGGACGUUCUCCCCGAGUGGACGCAUCGGGGAUUGAAAACUUACGAAGUUGGAGAACAUUGUCUUCGUGCUGACCCGAAAGUGACUCUGACAAAUGGAUUCUUUGUUGCUGUUUUCGAGAGAGUCAAGAACAAUGAAUGA